CUUCACCUCAAAAACUCUUCCAAGUUUAAGCAGUACAAUUUUCCUCUUCAUUCUUACUUUGCUUUCAUUUUUCAAACCCCUUUAAGGCAUCAUGGGUGUUCUAUCGUAUGAAGCAGAGUACAGUUCCUCUAUCCCUCCCGCUAGGCUCUUCAAGGCCUUUGUCCUUGAUGCAGACAAUCUCAUUCCAAAGAUUGCUCCCAAUGCAGUAAAUUCUGCUGAAAUCAUAGAAGGAGAUGGAGGAGCUGGAACCAUCAAAAAGAUCACCUUUGGCGAAGGCAGCCACUUCAAAUAUUUGAAGCACAAGAUUGAAGUUGUUGACAAAGACAACUUCGUCUAUGCCUACAGUUUGAUCGAAGGAGAUGCUUUGACGGACAAACUUGAGAAAAUCUCUUACGAGAACAGGUUUGUUGCAGCUGAUGGAGGAUCCGUCAUCAAGAGCAUCAGCAAGUACCACACCAAGACCGAUGACCACGAUAUCACCGAAGACAAAAUCAAGGCAGGCAAAGAGAAGGCUGCUCAUCUCUUUAAGGUUGUUGAGAAGUACCUCCUGGAGAAUCCUGAUGCCUACAACUAAACCAGUUUCAUCUCUUAGGCCUCUAUUGGCAUGCAAUUAAAACUAUUUCAGUUUUACAUGUUUUGGUUUCUUGUUGUUAUGCCUAUCAAUGUCUGCCUUGGGCUUGUCUUUUUUAUGAGAAUGUUAUAGUGUGAAACAAUUGUAUUCCUUUUUAUUAUAAUCAAAUAAAAACAUCUUAAUGAGUGAUCAUCAAAGA